UGACACCCUCCUUACCUUAAUCAUUUCUCCUUUAAUUUCCACUUAUCUUUUCUUCAAAUUUAAGCUUCACUUAUUCCUCCACGUUAUUAAACCUUAAAAUAAAAUAAAAAAAAUCCAUAUAUAUAUUACACAUAUACGAUACAGAAUCACCGAGGGAAAAAAUAUUAUCACAAUUAAAAAUAUAAAACUUGAGGAUGAACUCAGUGUGUAUCUCUAGCUGCAUCAACGAUGCACAUGAUCCUCGCGUGCCGGUUCGUCCUGUUCGUGCCUCCUACGUGAAUCUCUAUAAGUGGCCGGAGUCCGACGCCGAGUUCGUCCGCUCCGUCCGUCGUGGAGGCGGCGUACCCGCGGCGCGUGUAGUUGAUAGCAUAUCUUGUCGACAGAUGUAUCUUCGGAGCUACACUUUCUCUCGGGAAGACGAUGAGAGUAAAUCGGAGAAGGUGACAACGCAGACGUCGUGUCUAGGGAGGGUUAAGGAAACAGCGUCGUUUCGACGUAAGAGUAAGGAGGAAAAUGGCAUCAUCGUAGAGAGUACAAAGCCGCGUCGUCGUGGUGAGAGGAGGAGGGUUAGUAGAAAGAAGAAACAAGAACAAGCUUGUUCUGUUAUGUUCAGGUUUUUUCGAAGGUUAUUGUCUUGUGCUGCUACAGUAGAUGUUGUUGAUCCAAACUAAAUUACUUUUUUUUUUCUGUUCAAAUUAUAAUUAAUAUUUGAAAUUUUUGUUUCUUUGUUUUAAUAGUUAUCCUUAAAUGCAUGGUUUUUUAAAUUAUAUCUACUUUUUUUUUUGGUUUUGUUUUGUAUUUAAACUUGUAAUAUAUAGAAUUUUCAUGGUAUAUUGUUUUUGUA